GUGUGUGUGUCUGUGUGUGUCUGUGUGCGUGUGCGUGUGCGUGUGUAGAGUAGUGUGUUGUUAAUGUCGGUAAGAAGACAGAGCCGGUCGGUCGUGUGUAUUGGUGGUGCGCUCACAGUAAUAAUAAUAUUAUAAAUCUUCUCGCGUCUUUCACACUCUCUUACCGUCGCUCGGUACACGCGGACCUCGCUCCGAGUCGAGCACGCGUCACGGUUUUUUAUUUUCGUCUGCGGCUCUAAUAUUAUCAUCGUACAUUAAGUAUAUAAUAAAUAAUAAUAGACUGUACUGUACGAGCAUACCGCGAGCAUAUACCUAUACAGAAAACAAUUACUUAUAUAAUUUCACAAAAACAUUGUAUUUUUCUCAACUCGCGCACUCCAAUCGUAAUACUACGUAAUCGUAUAAAUACGUAUAACGCACAUCGUCGCUGUUAUAUGCAUAAAAUAUUUAAAUAUAUUGUUGUACGAUAGAUAUUUUUUUUCACACGUAUCGUACUCGUUUUUUAUUAACCGUUUAUAAAUACAUAUUACAUUAUAGGGUGGCCGUCCGGCGAACCGAACAACAAUUAUCGUUACGCGUACGCUCGCGCAUGUGACUCGCACGCUUGCACCGGUUCGCGCGCCGCAAGCACAAUCACACCAGUGUACCGGCGCUACCGUACCAAUACACGACCGUUACCGUGCAAUACACUCGCGCGUACCACGGCGGCAGUCGUAGCGUAUCGCCGUGCCGUCGCAUUACACCGGUGUGUGUGCGUGCCCGUCGUGUCACUCGAACCGGCGACGGUUGUUCCGGCGCGUUUUUCGCGAAACCUCAGCAUUAUACGAAACGCGGCGAUAUCAUACGCCGGUUGUCGGCCGCCGCCACCGUCGACGCCACCGCCGCCGCCGACACUCGGCACCCGGGGUGUGCCCGCGCAAAAUUUCGAACCCACCGAAUAUCCGGGUCCUACAAGUGUUUGACCAAACGGACGGCAUCUUGCAGACUGCAGCUUGGUAUCGAUGAACCGCGGGGGCCAACCCCAUUCACCGGAACAGCCAAGCCAUACCGCAGCCGCAGUGGACAACAUGAAGAACGAAGAGCCGACCAUACCGAGUCAUCACCAGCAGCGGAACAUGUUGGCCGAGGCGAUAGCGUCGCUGCCGCCCGUGCCGCAGAACUUGUCAGCCAUCGCCCUGUUCCAUCAGCUGCCCAUACUGUACCAACAGCACUACCAGCACAUGUUGCAUUCUCGCAUCCUGCCCUACCUACAAGAAUCGCUGAGGUUGCAGAGUUCCGUCAACUUUGCGGAUAAGCCACAAAUGCCGACGGUACCGGCCAUCAGCCUGUUCGACCAGCCCUCUGAACAGAACGCAGCGGCCGCGGCCGCAGUUGCGGCCGCGGACAUGGCAGCAGUCGGGUGCAACGAGAAACCGCCUUACUCGUACAUAGCGCUCAUCGCCAUGGCCAUUACGUCCACUCCCAACCAGCGGAUGACGCUUAGCGAAAUAUACAACUACAUUACGGACAAGUUCCCGUACUACCGGCGCAACAGACAGGGCUGGCAGAACUCGAUCAGGCACAACCUGAGCCUGAACGAUUGCUUCAUCAAGAUCCCGAGAGGUCGGACCGGCAUGGACGACAACAUGGGCGGCGGCAAGGGCAGCUACUGGACACUGGAUCCGGUGGCCGCGGCCGACAUGUUCGAGCGGGGCAACUACAGGCGAAGGCGGAUGCGCCGGCACAGGCCGUACCAGCAGCAAAACCACCACCAGACGAACCAACAGGACAUCAAGUCGCUGCUGCAGCAACAGCAACAGCCGCUGGCCAGUCCUCACCACCAUCACCACCAUCACUUCGCGGUGUACCCCGAGUUCCAGUUGACCGGCAGGAACGCCGUAACCGCUGCGGCCGAGUCACUGGCGGACAAACAGCACGCCGUAGCCGCCGUGGCGGACACGGUGUCCUCGCACAACCUGGCGUUCCACAUCGAGAACCUGAUACAGAAGAAGCACCGCGGUGUCGAGAUGUCUCAGGAAGAGAUCGUGUCGUCAAGUGGCGUGCACAACAACAACAACGAUCUGCAGCAGUACGCGGCCGGCGACGACCACCAAAACCUCCACCACCACCACCACCACCACAACAACCACCACCGCCACCAGCUCGCCGUCGAGUCCAAGCCCAAAUUGAUCAUCAUCAACGACGAGGACGACAGCAACAUCAGUGGCGGCAGUGGCGGCAGACGCUGCUAAGACGUCGCAGUCAUCGCGCGCGCACACACACACGCACAAUCAUCUAAUGUUAUUCUAACGCGUCGAUAUAUAUAUAUGAGUCAAUUGCGGCGUAUCAAUAUUGUAUAUAUAGUAAUGUAUAGCGUACAAACGUACUGUACUCGCACAAACGACGUCAACUCGUGUGCCCGCACGUUUGUGCGUGUGCAGUUAGCAUACCCACGUAUAAUGGGUAAUACUCACCUGCCGCUGUUACAGAGUAAUGAGUAAUAUAAUAUAACUAUUUACAGUGCACGAAAAAGAUAUUCGACGAACCGUGUGUGUCUGCAUGUGUGGGUGUGUGUGUACGACUUAUGUUUUUUCGCGGCGCGAUAGAAACGCAGUAUCGCGCGAACGAAAGUAUUAAUUUCAUUUCGAAAAUAUAAAACUUGUACAUACCUACUACCUACCUAUACAUGCUUAUAAUUAUUAUUAUUAUUAUUAUAUCAUUAUUAUUAUAACUACUGUGCUAUGAAUCGUUUGUUGGUUUUUUUCACUUUAAGUACUUUUCAAUACGACGAAAUGUUUGUAUCGAAUUACAUUGUCUAUACCUACUAAUAUCUACAUGGCAAUUAUAAAAUAACUACGUACAAUAUUUAGGUAAAUAAUGUUCAUUCAUAAUUUUCAACUAUUUUAUAUAUUGUUUAAUUUAUAUAAUUGCAAUCACAUUAUGCGUAAAAAUAGGGGUGGCGUUUAGCAACUCCUAAUCCUAUAUAUAUAUUCGAGUACAAAGUACCUACCUACCUAUUUGAUUUAGUUCAAUAUUUAUUAUUUAUUUAUGAUUAUUUUAUACAUUUAUUUCUAAGAUAACAUAGUAUAAACCGUCCGC